AUGGACAACAAUGGCAGCACAAAUGGAUUGAGUAGAGAUCAACAACAACAACAACAACUAUAUGACGAGGAUGUGGAGUCCUCGAUACAGGCCAUGUCUAUGUUGUUGCAAAAUAGAUCAAAGUCAAGUCGUGGCAGGUCAAAGUCCGAGGGCAUCGACAAUGAUGAUCUCGAUCGAAGUAUCAGUAUGAAUAGCAAAGGUGGAGGAGGCGACAGUCUACGAGAUAAUAUACGUGAGCGUUAUUCAAAGCGCUACCAAGUCAACGUCAGUGCCAACGACCUACUAUUCGACCAUGACGGUCAUAUCAUUCAUCCAUACGAAGAGCAACAAGUUGUAGCACAACAACAACAGCAACAACCAUCGACGCCACAGACUGCUCCCGGCAGCCAUAACCAACAACAUAUGCAUCUGUCGAGUAGCUAUUCAUUCAGUGAGUUGCGCGAGGAGUAUGAUGACUAUGAUGAUUACUUUGAUGAUGAUGACGAUGAGGAUGAGGACGACGACUAUGACUCAGAGGUGGCAGCCUACACUCGUACAAUGAUGAACACAUUCAAACCAAUGGCUACAUCCGCGUCAUCCAAGGCAAUGCUAAAGGGCACGGCUACUACUACGACCACUACAACACAUACAACAAGCCACAACAACAAUAAUGAUGAUGACGACGAUGAUAGUGACAGCACCAACGACUUGGACACGGGCGACAUACAGUUGUCAUCAGGCAGCUCGCCCAACAUUAUGAAUCAGCUGAGCUCUUCGCCGUCAAUUGGCUCUUCAAACAAGUCGGGCACGGUCACGCCCGCCAACCUCAACGCCAACCACACAAACAUCCCCAUCGGCACAGGCAAGAUUCCCAAGUCAAAGUCCGUGGACAAGGAGCUGGAAGAGCUGUCCAAGCUCGAGGAGGAGAUUACAAACUCAUUCAUCAAGUCAGAGUUGCAGCGCGCGAGUAGCCAGUCAAGCAUUUUGUCAACGUCGCGAACGUCUACAUUGCGCAUCAAGCGCCCGGCCCUGCCCGAGGAGCUGGACGAUCUGCAGCAGCUGAUUCAGAGUCUCACGAGCGAGCCACCACAGGAGCAAACAACAAAGGUCGUGGCAGAGACAGUACACACUCACACACCAGCUGCCGCUGUUGCUACUCAACAAAGCCAGCCAAGCGAGGACAUAGUGUUUGUCCGUGAGAAGCCAUUCUUGUUGGCGCCAUCCAAGAUAUCUCUUUCGCUCGCAACCACACAGACACCAGCUGCGCCAGAGACGACACCUGCCACGCCAGCGGUCAUCCUCGAGGUACCGGCAGCGCAGGCAUUCACAAUCAAUCAUGUUGAGGUCGAGCCAUCGAUCACUGAGUCCAAGGACACAGACUCACAGCUGGACUUUGCCGCGGCAGAGUCGCCGGAUUUGGCGGUGCCAGAGGCGCGCGAGCCUGUGGCCAUUCCCGUGGACGAACAGAGUCUGACAAUGGCAUUGGAGCAGAGCAGGAAGAUGUCGAUUCAGUCGAUGGGCAGCGAGUGUAGCGCGGUCAGCGCAGGCAAUCCGCGACACCAGCUCGUCGACAUUGGUCUGGAGUACAAGUAUCGUUUGCUGAUGGAUCAGAACCCCAAGGACGUCGAAACCCUGAUCAAAUGGUCCAAACUCAUUCACAAGAAGAUCAAAGAGUUGCUUGGUGGCAAGACUGUGGACCUCUGUCUGCUGGACUGGAACGAGGACCUCAUCCCCAUGCCCACGCAGUCAGCACAGCAACCGCCCAACACUCCAUUCGUCGACGGUCUUCAAUCGAUGCUGCUUCGCGAGCCCCUAUUUGACGUGUGCAGCAAGUACCAGCACGCCCUACAGAUCGCCAGCGGUGGCUAUCCAACCACCGUCACGCUCACCACGCUGCUCAGCUUCACGGCCAACCCACCCAAGCCUGUGCAGCCCACAGCGCAACAGCAACAACAGCAACGCAAUAGCAAACAGCCACAUCCCAAACAAACACCAUUGUCUCGAUCGACAAUCUCCAACAAUGUAUCCAACCCUGAUGGCGGUCACGCACACGGUGGCGGCGUCAACUCACUUCAGCGCUUCAUGCGCGCGGUCUCCUUGCCCGCCGCGCCUCCUCCCAUCACCCCGAGCGAUGAUCCCAACUCUCCCUGGUCCGACCCCGCUCUAUGGAUACGCUGGGGCGACUGUCUCUUUAUCCUAUGCACCUACCUCGAGUUGCCAAUGUACAAGGCGACAUGUGAGAAGUUCCACCGAGCAUUAGUAUUACUACAACGACAAAUGGAACAACAGACUAAACCUUCCGACAACCCUUCGAUUACAAAGUCAAUGGCGAUGGCACUGAGGAAGUGGGGAAUCACACUGAGCAGGUACUCGAGGAGGAUGAAGUGUCAGUUCUUGAUGUCAGAGUGGUCCAACGAGGAGAACAUCCAGACAGAGGACCUCUGGAAGAUGCUGCACACACAGUCCAUCCAGUCGCUGGCGUACAGUAAUCACAUCUACCCAUCGCCCAUCACCACCUACCACCUGGCGACCGCCUACCACCGACACCUGGUAACACUCAAUCAGUUUGGCGGCCCACGCGGUGCCGUCUACGCGCUGGUCACCACAGCCUGCGAGCUAUACCGCCAGUGCUUCAACGAUCUGUUCGAGCCAGUCUUCACUGAGGAGCAGCUCACUGAUCUGCAAAAGACGCGUGCCAUCGAGAACUGGGGACGCGCACUCGACAUCCAGCUGACGAUCAAGCUUCUCGAGGAGGAGGCUGCCGAGAAGGAGGAAGAUGACUUGCACUCAGUCGACGAGUAUCUCUCCACAUUCUCCCGUCUUGUACUCAGCGGAACCACGCCCUCACUCGAGGGCAUCGUGUCACUGUGCCUCAACUCGCGUCAGGCCAUCCAGUACAAGGCCAUCAACACGCUCUCAGUUCUAUGUGGCGCCAAGGAGGUCGAAGGCCAGCCGGUUCUCGACGUGCUCAAGGAGCAUCUGUCAAAGGUAGAGAGCUUUGUCUUCCAGCGUGACGACGCCGAGUCCAUCCUGUCACAGCAGAGGACGCUCAAGAGCAUGCCACCCAAGCUGCAGGCCUAUGUACGCAUGUCAGGCCUUAGUGAAGAGGAGAUCAUGAAAAACUUUGAGAUCGCCUGGAACUCCAUCUACUUCCUCACCAAGGAUACCAUACCCAAUCAGCCCAUCCCUCCCAACUACUAUAGAUCCAACAAGAAGACCAAGGAGUCAAUCAAGCGCAGGAUGACCACUCUGCUCCCUGGCCAAGAGCAUGAACAGCAACAACCCGAGGAGCCCGAACCCGAACAGAUAAAGAAGGUACAGCUCAUCAUCCCUUCCAUUCACAGAUCGCCCAGCGGGUCAACUCUGAUUAUUCCCUAUACAGGUUACAAGCCAGCGAGGUUCCAGUCGCGAUCAAAAUCCAGUCUAUCACUCAGCAACAGUAACAACAACAAUACGACAACAACAACGACAAGUGGCGGCAGUAGCAUAACACUUGGAUCAAGCAAUAGAGUUGGUAAUUGGAGACUUACAUUGCCAUCGACCAAGCCCACACGAAGAGCCAUUGUCUCUGUUAUACCAACAUGCACGGAGGAUCAACAACAACAGAUGGUCACUGUCUCCCGCUUCAUCCCACCCAUGGCGCGUGCUCAAGUGCCACGUCCACCUCCUCUUCCAAGAUGUGAUGAGUCCAUAUUCUCCAAUGGCAAUCCCCUACUUCUAUUCAAGGAGAAGAUGAAGCUUGGUACAGGUGCAUUUGGAAAUGUAUUCUAUGCAGUUAGGAAGUCGGAUAACAAACAGGUGGCGAUCAAGGUGUUGAUGGAGCGAACAAAGAGGGGUAGUCCAAUCAUUCCCGAGUUGUAUAUACACAGCUAUUGUAAACAUCCCAACGUCGUGUCAUACUACGAGUCCUACUUGUGCAAGGGACAUCUUUGGAUCAUCAUGGAGUACUGCGAUGGUGGAACGGUCAGAGACCUCAUCCAGGACGAAUGGAAGAGCAAUCCUGGCCACACCACAACACCCAACCCACUGGAAGAGCCACUGAUUGCCUACAUCACCAAACAGUUGCUCGAGGGUCUGGUGUACCUCCGAUCACAGGGCAUCAUUCACCGCGAUAUCAAGUCCAGGAACAUCCUGCUAACUCGCCGUGGCAAGGUAAAGAUUGCAGACUUUGGUCUUGCAACUACCAACAGUCUUGGUCGUGGUCGCACCAGGAUGUGUGGUACCAUGGGCAGAAUCGCGCCAGAGAUCGUCAGACGCGAGCCCUACGACACCCAGGUGGACAUAUUCAGUUUGGGCUGUCUGAUAGUCGAGCUAGCAGAGGGCACCGUGCCCUAUGGCAAGGAUACAUCAUUGAAGUCGAUGUUCUACACAGGUACCAUUGGUUACAAGCUGGUCAACCCAUCAAAGUUUUCCCGUGAGCUUGUUGACUUUGUCGAUCUGUGCCUCAACACUGAUCCAUUUGUUAGACCGGUGCCAGAGAUGCUGCUCAGACACUCGUUCUUGAACUGCGCUGACAGAGGAAAGCAAAUCCUUUCCGAGAGAUUCAAGAAACAGGACAUCAGGAAGGAUAACAUACUCAAUAACUUUGUGCCAUUCUAA